CGGACGCGCGCGACUCUCGACGCCCCGGCGCGCGAUCCGUCGACAACGAUGUCGCGCCGCGCGACGCGCGAGCGCUCGCUCGUCGCUUCGGUGCGCGCGCCGAGCGACGAUCGCGCGCGCGUGCAGGCGACGACGCGCGAGACGACGGCGAGACUCGGGUCGCUCGACGCGCGACCGGGACGCGCGACCGGGACGCCGCGGAAACGACCGGCGGCGACCGCGGAGGGCGCGCGAGGGACGCCGGGGCAGAGGACGGAGAAGCGCGCACCACCGGCGACGGAUGGGCGGGCGUGCGAGACGUGCGGGGCGGAGAAGACGUCGAGAUGGCGAAGGAUGGAUGACGGGGGGGGCGACGCGACGCGGUUUCGGUGCAAGGCGUGCUUUCAGAGAGAGCGGAGAAAGAGGAACGCGACGACGGAGCACGUCGUCGACGGCGUCGUGCGGGCGUGCGUGGAGUGCGGGGAGACGAAGUGCAGGGGGGAGUGGGUGCGCGUGGCGGCGGACGAUCCCGCGCGGGGGACCGCGGCGACGGGGCGCGAGGGCGGCGCGCUCGGGACGCGGUGCGCGAAGUGCUACGAGCGCGCGCGGAAGGAGCGGAGAAAGAACGAGGGCGCGCUGACGCGGUGCGAAAAGUGCGGGAAUUCCGCGAACGGGAUGCUGUUGGUGAGCGACCCGUCGGAGGACGCGGCGGCGGGGGGGAAGUGCUGCCACAAGUGCUAUCACCGAACGAAGAAUCGCAUGCGGAAACUGCGCGACGAACGAACGUGCGCGGAUUGCCGAAAGGCGAAGCGCACCGAGCCCGACGUGCGAUGGUACCGAUCGAAAGAAACCGGGCCCGAGGGCGAACCCGUGUGGACGUGUCACCAGUGUUUCAGCGACCGCGCGAAUCACCCGGAUUUGAACGCCGCCGGCGCGCCUCGCAAGCGCAUGCCGCCGCACAAAAACGGCGGGAAAAAGGCGCAAAAGCCGAGCUCCGCGCCGCCGCGGCACUGUCCGUCGUGCGACCGCACGAAGCAAUCAUCGCAGUGGCGCAAGUCUGGCGAACACACCGUGUGCACGGCGUGCUACCAGAGGCACCUUCGAGCGCGCAAAUAUCGACAACGAGAACCCGUCGGCACCUUCGCGAUCUGAACGAGAGAACGCGUGAAGUACUU